CCCAAACAUAUUACGGAAUGUCGCAUGUCCGAUUUGGUUGAGCUUUUACAUACAAAUAUCCACUUCCGAAUAUUUGAAGAAAAAAUAUCUAGGCAGAAACCUUCAUCUGUAUGAUGAGUUCAUCAAUUGUUCUAGGUGAAAUUGAAGAAAACACUAAAUUAGGUAGAGAGAAUGCCUUGUUAGGAAAUUAUGACACAUCUUUGGUGUAUUAUCAAGGAGUUCUACAACAAAUACAGAAACUCCUGUCGUCAAUAGGAGAGCCAGAUAGAAAAAGAAAAUGGAUGCAGGCAAGAGAUUUGAUCAGCCAAGAACAUGACAGAGUGAAAGAUAUUAAUGAAACAUUAGCAAGUUUCAAGUCUAACAAUCCUAGACAUCAUCAGGAAGAUAAUGAUUAUGGAAGUCCAUUUCAAGAUUAUGCAAGACAUGAAGAGCCAACAAGAGACCCUGAUGUAUGGCCCCCUCCUACACCUGUAGAAUAUAGACCUUCCCCAAAUAUUCGAGGUGGGAGGCCUGCACCUAGAAAACAAGAACCAGUCAGAAGACCGGGUCCUGGAAAACCAGCUCCUUCAAGACCACAGGACAGAAAUAGGGCAGGAGGACCAUCAUAUGGAAAUGUGGACAAAGGACGGGACAACAGAGGCAGGCCAGAAAAUAAGGAAAAGAAAAAGCAAGGUGAGGAUGGAGAGAAGAAAUUUGAUCCUACUGGCUAUGACAAAGGAUUAGUAGAAGGACUAGAAAGAGAUAUAAUACAGAAAAAUCCUAGUGUUCCAUGGACAUCCAUUGCAGAUUUAGUAGAGGCUAAGAAACUUCUGCAAGAGGCUGUAGUUCUACCUCUUGUCAUUCCAGACUUUUUCAAAGGCAUUCGUAGACCUUGGCGGGGUGUGCUGAUGGUAGGUCCACCGGGAACGGGAAAAACCUUGUUGGCAAAAGCUGUAGCCACAGAAUGUGGAACAACUUUUUUCAAUGUUUCCUCUUCCACAUUGACAUCAAAGUACCACGGGGAAUCUGAAAAACUUGUCCGUAUACUGUUCGAAAUGGCCAGAUUUUAUGCACCCAGUACCAUUUUUAUAGAUGAGAUUGAUUCUAUUUGUUCUAAACGUGGAUCUGAUUCAGAACAUGAAGCCAGCAGACGAGUCAAAUCGGAACUGCUAGUCCAAAUGGAUGGUAUGUACGAAGGUGUUGGAGGCAAUAGUGCAGAUGAAAGUGAAGAACAAAAAAUUGUGAUGGUCUUAGCUGCUACCAACUUCCCAUGGGAUUUAGAUGAGGCUUUACGUAGAAGAUUGGAGAAGAGAAUCUACAUUCCACUACCUACAGAGGAAGGAAGAGAAGAACUGCUGAAAAUAAAUCUAAAGGGAAUAGAUAUCCAUAAAGAUGUGAAGCUGUCUUCACUGGCUGGUAAUCUAGAGGGUUAUUCUGGAGCUGACAUAACUAAUGUGUGCAGAGAUGCCGCCAUGAUGUCCUUUAGGAGAAGAAUUAGUGGUUUGACACCAGAACAAGUCAGGAAUAUUCCUAAAGAAGAAUUAGAAGUACCACCCAACAUGGAUGACUUUGAAAUGGCCAUUAAAAAGGUCAACAAAAGUGUCUCAGCACAAGAUCUGGAAAAAUACCAAAACUGGAUGAAAGAGUUUGGUUCUGUGUAAAGUGAAACAAAGCUGAUUAAAAUUACUGCAUUAAUAUCGUUUCCAAAAUAUUAAUAUAUUUAUAAAGAUUUUGUUUUAUGGUUUGACUCAAAUAUGAGAAACCUUCAAAUGUAUGAUAAGUUUGAAAAUAAAUUGCAUAAAUUCA